AAAAUGAUUGGUUUUUUUGUGCAGUGUCCAUCAGCCUGCCACCGUGUUUUUCCAUUGCUAGACGCUCUGGAUUCUGGUGGGUUGCUAAUUUAUACGAAGAGGAGGAGGAGGAAGAAGAAGAGGACGAGCCAAAAUGAAGAUAAUGGUGGCAAUCAAGCGAGUAGUCGACUACGCUGUCAAGAUCAGAGUGAAACCAGACAAGACAGGAGUCGAGACAAGCAACGUGAAGAUGUCGAUGAAUCCUUUCUGCGAGAUUGCCUUGGAGGAGGCUCUUCGCAUCAGAGAGUCGGGCAUGGCCUCGGAGGUUGUGGCCGUUUCCAUGGGUUCUGCUCACUGCGUGGAUACUCUCAGGACUGGGUUAGCCAUGGGCGCUGAUAGGGCCAUUCACGUCGAAACUCCGGGCACUCUCUAUCCACUUUCUGUCGCUAAGAUUCUGAAAGCUCUAGUUGAUGUUGAGAAGCCAGGGCUUCUUGUUCUAGGCAAACAGGCCAUUGAUGAUGAUUGCAAUCAAACGGGACAAAUGGUAGCAGGGUUGCUUGACUGGCCACAAGGGACCUUUGCUUCAAAGGUGGUGCUGGACAAGGAGAAGAAUCUAGCAACAGUUGAAAGGGAGGUUGACGGUGGUCUAGAGACGUUGUGCUUAGAACUACCAGCAGUAAUCACCACCGACUUGAGACUGAACCAGCCAAGGUAUGCAACACUGCCCAACAUAAUGAAAGCCAAAUCGAAGGUUUUAAAGAAAUUCACUCCAGAGGAGCUGAAUGUGCAAAUCAAAUCUGACUUGGAGGUGGUUCAAGUCACUGAACCCCCAAAGAGAAAAGAUGGGGUCAUUGUUUCUUCUGUGGAUGAGCUGAUUGACAAGCUGAAAAAUGAAGCUCAUGUAAUUUGAUUCUUGUUGGGGUUUUAUUGCUGAAAUUUUCUUAGAAAGAUUCAAGUUCAAUGCCAAAUGGAUUUUGUCCUAAGAACAAAUAGAAAUGCAAUGAUACAACUGACAAGGAUCAUAUUUUAAUAAAAUUCUCAUCUUAGCCUCUCAUCUACA